AUUUAAUGUCUCGCUACAUCAAUUUAGUAAAAAAUUCAUAUCAUUCUUGAAAAGUAAGAUAAAACUGUUCCAUGUAAACCACUUGAAGAGUUUGAUAUUAAAAUAUACAGAGAAAAACUUAAUGAUAAAUAUGGAAAAUCACCAUUAGCAUCCUAACAUACUUAACCUACAUCUCCAAAAAAAAGCAUUAAAAUUGGGUAUUCAAUACAUUUUAUAAAAAGAAAUCCAAGUUUCGAUUUAUUGCAAACUAAAUUAAAAGAAUUUUCAAAUAAAAAAAGUACAUCACCUUAAAAAUCUAAAAUUGAACAAGGUUCACCAAAUAGAGCCACAGGAAUAUCAUAAUAGUAAAUUAUCAAAAGAAAAAUAGAAUAUCUAAAAUAAGCACGUUAAAUUUUACAUUGCCAUCUAAAUAAAUGAGAAUUGGAUCUGUUUAUAAUACGUAAUAUCAACUUAAUGGACCAAUAAGUGAAGAUAGAAAAAUUUAUCCUGUUAGAUUUGAAACAGAAGUAUAAGAAAAAUAAACAUUCUCUUAAAAAUAGUAAGUAUUUAUUAUAGUUUUCAAGAAAUACAAAUAUGAUUCCUCUUCAUGAAAUUAUGAAUAUGAGAAACAAAUUAGAGAAUGCAUAAUUAAAUGUUAAUUAAAUUAGUUCUGCUUAUACAAGUGAAAUGGUUAAAUUAGCCUCAGUUAUUAAUACUUAAUUGAAAAAGAAAUAAAAAUGA